AACGCUGUUCUCGCGCCUAGGAGAGGUUCGACUACGGCUUAAUUUGCUCAAUCGUCGACUUCGCUCGGAUUUCUCUCGGUAGAAACACAUCUAAGGACUAUUUGCACUCGCUGGCUGGGGCUGAAUUUAAGUUUUCAACCUCACGACAGAUUUCGGUCCAAGUUUCCAUCAUCAUCUUCCUCCUGGAAGAGGACGCUUUUCGUCAUUUUUCUGUUUUAGAACAUUGAGCUUGACUGAGACUUGUUGUGCCUAAUUCGGCCUUGAUUUCUCUUCGUUCCAACUUGUAAGAAGACGCGUGUGGGCCAGGCGCGUACAAAUCAUUGACUCUGUAAUUUUUGAAUCGCAUCCAACACAUUUCGGAUCAAGUCUCCACCUUUACGAAGAAGAGAUCAACAGUGCUUUUCAGCUUCACUCGAGUUCUAUUGAACCUCGCCUCAGUCCUUGAUUUUCCUUAGUUCUUCGUUGGGAUACAGGAACGGAAUAGAAAGGUCCUCUGAACUCACAGAGGUUAGAGGUUUUGAACUGGAACUCACACAGAAAAAGGUCAAUUUUCCAAAAAGUGUCCGCGCUUUAAACGAGUUCCACUAGACUUGGUAAAACCCUCUAUCUGUCUUUAUUCUGCUGCGAGAGACACUUUUAUCACCCGUAAAAGUUCGCUGGACAGAGUUUUGAUUCGCGCCUCCCACAAACGGUUUGUCAAUCCUCUGCGCUUUCUUGGAUAAAACCCGAUUCAUUAUCUUUCAGUUUUAUGCCAGCUAAUUCAUGAAUUACACAGAGGACAGUGAACCUUCUAAAAUGGCAGAUUCGCACUUACCUGCUGUAGUCGCCAACAUUGUCAUCGCUGGCUUUCUGUGUUAUACCACCACUAUGAUGAACACUGUAACAAUCUACGCGCUGUGGAAAACCUCUUCAUUGUCAAAACCUUUGAAAACAUUGCUUUUAAGCCUUGCUGUAUCUGAUCUUGGUGCUGGCCUUCUGAGUCAGCCAAUGUACAUCGCCUUCUUGGUUGAAAAGGAUUUACGAUCCAAGAAUCCUAAGACUCUUGACGAUUUUUCUACAAUCGUAUCCAACAUCCUUUUUUUAACUUCGUUUUGCAGCAUUACAGCCUUAAGUACAGACAGAUUCCUUGCCAUUCAGUGGCCUCUUCGUUACCAAGAAAUUGUGACCCACAGACGAGUAGUGAUUCUUGUCAUGGCAAUAUGGCUAACCACUGUAGUCUUUAUACCGAUCGAUGUCCUCGUGAUAAGCCGAAAAUUUCCAAGUGUCUCUACCGCAAUUUUUUUCACCAUCCAUUCGCUGUCCUUUUUUACUUCCACAUUAACUUCUUUCAGGAUUUAUUUAACAAUUAGGCGUCAUAGCAUUCAAAUUCAGACUCAAACACAGCAUGUAACACAAAAUAACGGCCUGGUAAAUAUGGCGAGGAUAAAAAAAUCCGCUCAAAGCACUAUUUGGAUUUACCUCGUAUUUUGGGUUUGUUAUCUGCCCUACUUUUUUGUAUAUGUUUAUGUUUAUGUUGAAUCUAUUCCUCCACCUCGAGAGCUAAGAAUGUUCACGGUGACUCUUGUACUUGUAAAUUCCGCCCUCAAUCCGGUCAUCUACUGCUGGAAGAUCAGGCAUUUUCGACCCUCCAUCCUAAGAAUCCUUCGAAAAAUAACUAAUCGCAACAACUUAGGCGAAAGAUCGGUUUACAGCUUUGACGGAUAAACAAAGAUGGAAAACUCUGCGACCUUUUUCGGAAAUAUUCUUACCAUCAUUUCUUGUCUCGCUGCAUUCGAGGCAUUAAGGUUAAAUGGGGAUCUUAUCAGCCGCUUUUUGAAAAGAAGCCAAGGGAAGGCAAGAGAAACUUUUGACAAGUUCAGUUUGGGAGCCCUGAUGAGGAAAUAUUUUAAAAUCGAUAUACUUCUUUAAACGGGGAAGAUGACUCACAGAAAACAAGGUGAAACGUUCUCUUGUAUUAUUAACUCAGACAAAGAAAAAUCAAAAUAUUCAUCAACUUUUAAGCGUCAUGAACGAGAAGGUUAAAAGAGGACGAGGCAGCUGGUGAAUUAAAAACCGCAAAAUCGCAUGCAUUAAAGCAACGCGUACUUAACGAAAAGCAUAGGAGAAGGUGAAGUACAGUAAGGAGAAACGUUAGAAAGAACUAGAAGUAUGAAUUAAAUUGAAAAGGGGUGGGGUGAGGCUCUCGUGGCUGAAGAAAGUGAAGGGCCUCAGAAACGAUCAUAAGUCUAAAAGGAAAUCGACAAGACGAAAGCUGAUAUCUUAUAGGGUAUGUACAUGUGGAUAAAAAUGGAUAAAAUACAGCGAUUCUCAUGUUUACAAAUAGGCUGGGAUAUCUUGCAUGAUCAACUGUGGUGCAGCCGGAAACUGCAAGAGGUUAAACUGAUUCAGCUUAGACUUUUCUCUCAAAUUGCUUCAACAUUGCACAAAAAUAUUGCAUUUGCUUUGCUUUCUGAUCUUAAGUCUCUUUACGGAUUUCACCACAGUUCGUUUCGUGCGACAGAAAAAAAACUCCCGUAAAGCAUAGCAAUAAGUUCAGAAAUUUAAUGGAAGAUUAAUUUUUUGAGACAGAAAUACCAUUAUAUAAAAGAAUAUAACUCCAACUCCAACCGACCAUGUAAUAUCCUCUUCCUUCUAUUGUCAUGAUUUAAAACAACAAAGCCUACAUUGGUGAAUUCGAAAGCGCUUUUAAGAAUUGUAAAGACUCUCAAACGAGAAGGUUCAAUAAGGCUCAGCACAGCUGUUCAAAGCUGUUUAACCUCCGGUUUUAAAUGUGAUUAUUUAUCGCGCUUUUAAAAUGCAUCCUCUAACUUAAGAAUAACAACGUGUUUUAUAAAAUAACGACGUCUUAAUGGAAAGGUCCGACUCCUCAUUAACGAGCGACAUUUACAAGCGUAUCAAAUUCACCCUUUCACAGUCCGAGCGUUUUAGAAACUUUUAUCAUCCUGUGGUCUGGAUAAUUAGUUAAAACACACUUAUUAUUGGCAGUUUGAAGUUUUAAACGAUUUCUGUCAGUUUUAUUUGCCUUUUUGCGUUCCACGCCCCAUUUUACAAUCUUUAAUUACACUUAGCAAGCAACAAACUGACAGCAAUCAGUUAAAAAGGAAUUAAGUCUUCAUUACAGUGAUGGAAAAGAUCGUUGGCUUUUAAAAAAAUAUUAAAAUUAUCCAUCUCUGCGA